AUCAGAAUUUUGGCGCGAAACUGUUCCCAGUCGCCUUGAUGUGAUAAUUUUUGUUGUUAAAUAUUUUGUGCACUGUAGCUGUUCAAGUUAAAUUGACUAAAAAUUAGCAACAAACAUUAUAGGAAGAACUCUUGAAAAGCGACUGGAACAAAUUUUAACCUUUAACUUUUAAAUAACAUUUGUGACCAGUACUCAACAAUCUACCACAGAAAAUCUUUUUACAAAUAAUAUUACUAUCAUGCCUCGUCAUUGGGAUUCGAUUUAUAAAGGAUGGAAUGAACAACCUUUUCAAAGGUUAAUGUUAUCCACAAACAGACUUAGGAAUGAAAUUACCCAGUAUUGUUGUAAAAAUAUUCCAGCAGUGGAAAUGGAGGCGGUUGAACAUGUAAUAAGGGAUUAUAAUGAAAAUAAAAACUAUCUUAAUAGUGUACCAAUAAGUAUAAAAUGUUCAAUUGAUAGGUCGUGUACACGAUUUGAGGGUGAAAGUGAUUUCUAUGUUCGUAUAAAGGAAAAUUUGCAGAAGAAUGAUUAUCACUCCUUAGUUAUUCCCAUAAAAAAUAAGAAAACGUCUCCAAUGAAAUGUAUGUGCGUCAUUAAGCUAACGUCUGUUGAAUGCAGAGAGGAUGAACAGUAUGCAGUUUUCCGCUACAAACUAGGGUUUCAAACUUUAUCGUGGAGCGUUGAAGAACUUUGGAGUAUAUCUAAUGAAUUUUCAGCAACACUCUUUUGUCAUACCGAUACAACUAGUAAGAGAAGGAUUAAUGCCAUUAAAUCUUUAAAACUUUCUGAUGAAUCAGUAAACAAAAUUAUUCUUCGUCUGCAAAGUAUGGCUCAUGAUAGGGCUACAUCGAAAUCUAUCAGUAGAAGUCACGGUAAUCUUUGUAAGCCAAAUGAUAAGCAACAAGAAGCAAUUGCUCAUGCUUUGGAUGAAAGUCAAAAAUUUUCUGUAAUUCAAGGACCACCUGGCACUGGAAAAACAGAAACGGCCGCUCACAUAAUUUAUCAUUUAUACCAAAUGAAUAGGAAAAGUAUCAACCAACAGAAACCAAAGAUUCUUUAUUGCGCUCCAUCUAAUAAAGCAACAGACAAGAUCAUUGACUACCUCCAAAGACUACCCCAUAGCAUUCGUCCGAAGAUUAUCCGAGUAUUGAGUUCAUUUUUGGAAAAAGUAACCUAUCCGAUUCCGCAGGAAGGCGAUCCAUUUUUCAUCAGAAAACCUUUCAUAAGCGAUGAAACUUUGGAUAAAGUUACAAGAUUGUCUAAUUAUUCUCAUAUUCUCUUGCACGAGAUGAUUAGGGAAGUUUCAAGCGACAUACAAAUGUAUGACCAAAUGAUUGAGGACGGAGACUUCAUAACAAAUAAGGAAAUUAGAUAUUUCCGAUAUUUGAUCAGAAAAGAAAAGAAUAAAGUAUUAAAGACAGCUGACGUAAUAUUAUGCACAUGUACUGCAUCUGGAAUGGCAAUUUUACAGAAUUUAAAUAUUAAACAAGUCAUUAUCGAUGAAUGUGGAAUGUGUACUGAUUCCGAUUGCCUUAUCCCUUUGACGAAUUUGAAACCGAAAAAAAUUAUAUGUAUUGGCGAUCAUCAACAAUUGCAACCAGUAGUGUUUUCAAAAGAUUGUGUUAGAGAAACACUUCACAAUACCGCAUUUGAGUAUUAUUCAAAACAAAAUGGAGUUACUGUCUUGAAUCGCCAGUAUAGAAUGCACUAUGACAUUUGUGAUUUUCCGUCGAAAACUUUUUAUGACUCUAAAUUGAUUUGCGGAACUCUAGAACAGUAUUUACCAUCAAAAUUGCUUUCGUUUUGGGAUAAUAAUUCAAGGCCAAAGGUAUUCUUAGACAUCGUUGGAAUAGAGAAAAGGAAUUUGCGUAAUGGAUCUUUUUACAAUAAAAUAGAAGCUAAUCUCGUUGUUCAACUGCUGAAUUUAUUAAUUUAUAGAGAAAGAGUAAAAGGUCGAGAUAUCAUGGUUUUAACUUAUUACAGAGCUCAAGUUGUGGAAAUUCAAAAUGCUAUAAGGCAAUCCCGUAUUGUUCAUAAUUUUAACCCAAAGAAUGUGCAGACCAUCAUUACGUCUCAGGGUAGCGAAUGGAAGUACGUGAUUAUUUCAUGCGUUAGAUCUGUCGAAGGCAAUGAAUAUCCAGACGAACCAAGUGAAGAGUGGAGAAGAAGACACAUUGGAUUUCUUGACGAUUAUCAUCAGCAGAACGUUUGCAUAACUCGAGCCAAAGAUGGUUUAAUAAUAAUAGGCGAUGCUAGUACAUUAAACUGCUGUGAUACUUGGAGAAAACUAAUUUCUGAUUAUACGGAAACAUUUUGUUUUGAGGAUGCAGCUAAUUUUAAUUGA